AUGGUUGGGCUCCCAUACACAUCUUUAGGCUGUGCAAAUUGCAGGAAACGCAAAAUCAAGGCCAAACGACCGGUCCGCCAGCUUGUUGGGCAUAUCAAUCCUCUUGGAUUACCGCCAGUGUUCAGCAUGAGCGCUGAAGUUCGUACACAAUUAUAUUCAACAUUCAUGGAAACUUUUUUCGCGCCUUGUAAUGUUACAAAUGGCAAAGACGACAGUCUUUACUUUUUGUUGGCUCAUUUCCCUAUACUGGCUGGUGAGUCAGAACUAUUCGAUCAAUCUGUCAUCGCACUAGCAUCGGCGUUUCUGGGAAAGAAGAACGGUGAUGGAGUGUUGGCACGCCGAGGUCUCGAGAUCUACAGCAGCGCGCUUAAUGUGAUGACAAGGGCACUCCGACAGAAAGGCCCCCCAACAUCAAAUUUGCUUUACGCUACUAUUCUUCUUCACACAUAUGAAACUGUAUAUGGCAACACGAACGCCUUACACAAUUGCUUUGUCCAUAUACAAGGAGCGAACGCCAUUUUGAAACAUCAUAAUUUCAAAACAGAUGAUACUCAAACUCUCACCAAGGUAAUGUUGACCAGGCAGAAGUGGGCAGCGGCGUUUUUUAUUUUAAACUCAAAAAACGCAUCAAUAUCAGAUAUUGAAUGCCUUGCCCUCGAACAGGACGACAGCCCCGUGGACAAGCUUUUCGAAAUUAUUGCGCAGCUCGUCUUUCUACAAAGAAAUCUUGAAAGUGGAGCCAGACUACAUGGCCUACAUAGAGAGCGGGCCUGUGAAACAUUGCUACGACGGUGUUCGCAACUACAAGAGACACUUCAUACGGACUGGCUUAGUGGGGCAGCUGAAGUACUUGAGGGGGAACCUUGUCCCUUUCCAGAAGAUGGACCAUCACACGACCAUGCCCUCUUACCCUUAGAUGCUGCGCUCACCCCAUAUACAUUCAGGUCCCUCAACAGCGCUAAAACAUACCUUCUGUUCUGGGUCGCUUCGCUGAAGAUAUCUCAGAUGAUAUAUCGAGCCGAGAAGCUACUUCACCGAAACUCGAACCCUACACAUAUGCUUUUCUACGCUGGUGAAAUUUGCCGAUCUAUGGCAUAUUGCAUGCAGCCCAAAGUACGGCUCUCCGCAGAUCAUGCCGCUCUAUUUGCAAUAUCACAGGCCUCCAAGUGCUACAUUGCUUGUGGAGCAAUAGAUCUGUUUACCUGGUGCCAGGGUAUUUACCGUUUUAUUAAUAGACAGGGAUUUGACGUUGCCUCUUGCGUGGGCGAUGCAGAUUGGGCACUGUGGUUUGCGGCCCAGAGUCAAAAAAUAGCCUCUGCACUUUGA